UGUUAAUAAAACAAAGGACAUCCUUGUACUUGCAAAUUUUGAUGUAAAUGCUUUUGCUUUUUGAGUAUAAGCAUAUCCUUCAGGGCAGUGACAUAAGUAAAAGGAUAUUCAUAAUCUUCACCUUAUAUUACUUGGCAUAUCCUUCAAAAAUUCUGAGUGUGGUCAGUAGCAGACUCAACAAAGGUGGUCAAACGAUGAUGGCGGAAAUUGUGGAUGUUAGGGUUGUUAAAACGUACAAAUCUCAUUUACUUGGUCAGAUUUUUAGUUGGGAAUGAGGAAACUCGAGGAGGAGCACUUUCAUGUAUUCAUGAAAUGAAGAUAUGUCUACGCUAUCUCGGUGACCCUGGAUAUCAACAAGGUAUUGGUCAGGAUCUGGGUGCUAGUCAAGCAACGGUAUCUCGGACUGUGGAUAGAGUUGUGAACAGCAUAGUUGCAUAGUCGAACGAAUGGAUCAAGUUUCCAACUACCAACCAUGGACUAAUGGAGAUCAAGCGGAUAUGGCAAAGCAUGUAUAAAUUUGUACACAUAUAGGAAUCCUGAAACCAAAUCGCCAUGGAGAUGAGUAUAUCAACCGAAAAGGGAAACCUAAUUUAAAUGUGCAAGCCACUUGUGAUGCCAGAGAGAUGUUCACAAGUGUUAAUGUUAGUUGGCGUGGAUCAGUGCAUGAUUCCAGAAUAUGGAGAAAUUCACAGACUAGAUCACAACUAAUAAAUAAAGCAAAUGUUGUACUACUUGGCGAUUACGGUUAUGGUAUUGAGCCAUGCCUUACGACUCCGUUCAGAAAUCCUACUCCAGGUGCAGAAAUGAAUUAUAAUAAGCUUUUAAAACAAG